CUCGGUGUUUGAUGUUCAAAAUGCGCCCUUGAACUGACUGCGACUCUGACAGAAAGCAUGUGGGGCCUAGACAGGCUUUCCGCCUACUCCACGCCCUCUGGAACGCCCCCGCCACGCCGCGACUCGUACUCCCCUGCUCCACGAAGGGGUUAUCCGCCCUCAGGGCCUGGUCCUUUGCCUCAAAGACCAGGACUAAACCCACGAUCAUCUUCACUAUCGCUUGUGUCGCCUAACUCCUCGAGUACAAGCUUGCCUAAUACUGCACGGCCUCCUAAUGGCGCACCACGCAGACGGCCGGCAGGAGGACCUUACUAUAAUGGCCCAAAUCCCAUACAGGUGUUAGAGUCGAUAAUGGGAGGACCGACUCGCAGACCUAUCACUGCACAUCGGGAUGCGAAAGGUGACAUACAACAAAAGCCAGAGGUAGUAGACGCGGACAUUGAUUUUGGAGGGCUGAGCUUGCACGACUUCAUAGAAGAAGCACCCGAGCCACGGCAACACACAUCUGUACAUACAUGUAGCGCGCAGUCAGUUGACGAAUAUGAUAACGAGAAAGACAAGUUUGAGGACCUUCACAAGUCGAUAUUAGCAUGCGAUGAGGUGUUGAAGUCGGUUGAAACGUACCUCACAAACUUCCAAGCAGAUCUUGGCGCAGUAUCAGCGGAAAUUGAGUCUCUCCAAAACCGUUCCGUAGCACUGAACACGAAACUCGAGAAUCGCAGAGUAGUAGAGAAGCUAUUAGGCCCCGCGGUGGAAGAUAUCAGCAUAGCACCAGCCGUCGUACGCAAGAUUGCAGAAGGCCCCGUCGACGAGGGCUUUGUGCGCGCCCUUGCAGAAGUGGAGAAACGGUCCAAAACCAUAAAUGCGAAAGCAAAGGAACAACCCGAUCUGAAAGCCAUCAAAGACGUGAAGCCACUACUGGACGACCUCAUACAUCGAGCCGUCGAACGAAUACGAGACUACAUAGUAGCUCAAAUUAAGGCUAUCCGGUCACCCUCGAUCAAUGCACAGAUUAUCCAACAACAAGCUUUCCUUAAAUACAAGGAUCUCUAUGCUUUCCUUGCGAAACACCAGCCCGACCUUGCGCAGCAGAUCAGCCAGGCUUACAUUUUCACUAUGCGCUGGUAUUACUUGAACCAUUUCACCAGGUACCGAAUGGCGCUCGAAAAGAUCAAGGUCCAUGCAAUGGACAAGUAUGAUAUACUAGGCGAGGAUGCCAGUGCCAGAAGAGGUGGGAACUUACUGGGACAGUCACGCAAUGCACCAGUAACCUAUGAUGCCUUUUCGCUUGGCCGACGGCUUGAUGUUUUGAAGAGUCCCUCCGUCACCGCUUUAACAGCCCACGUUGCUGAAGAGGAGAAGUCUGCCCACUACCUCGAAGUCCCCUUCCGAAAUUUCAACCUCGCUCUUAUCGACAACGCGUGUUUUGAGUACACUUUCAUCUCGACGUACUUCGCGCCGACGCAGAAUUACCACGCCAUAUCUCGUACAUUCGCAUCAGUCUUCGAACCCACAAUAGCAGUUGGUCAAGCGGUUACCAAGUCCCUUGUCGAGACGACUACAGAUACACUCGGCAUCCUUCUUUGUGUGCGUCUCAACCAGCACUUUGCAUUCGAGCUGCAACGGAGGAAAGUCCCGACAGUAGAAGGCUACAUCAACGCGACAAACAUGCUACUCUGGCCACGCUUCCAGCAGGUGCUCGACAUGCACUGCACCUCCCUACAAAAGCUCACCUCAUCCCUCCCAAACCGACCAUCAACCGGUGCAGCCCUCCUUUCUUCAGGCUCUCACAACGCAGCCUCGACAGCGCCGACGCCGCUAACGCAGAAAUUCGCCAAUCUACUUCAAGGGAUCCUCGCGUUGUCGUCGGAGGCGGGCGACGAUGAGCCCGUGAGUGUGUCGGUGGGAAGACUGAGGAGUGAAUACGAAGCCUAUCUUACGAAGCUGAGCAAGAGCAUCAGCGAUACGCGGAAACGGGAGCGGUUCCUCUGUAAUAAUUAUAGUUUGAUAUGUACGAUAUUGGCGGAUAUCGAAGGCAAGCUUGGAGAGGAUGUGAGGGAUCAUUUCGAGGCGCUGAGGGCUGCUUUUGACAAGUAGUUGGAACACGAGAGGUACUAUGUAGGCUUUGAAAUGCAUUCCCAGCAAACUGGGGCUGAUUUCCUUUUGCUCUAAUCUCGCGUGGGCCUCAAACACACUAUUACAUCUAACUCCUACAAAUCAUGGACCUUUUGUUGCGUUCUCAGCGGC